AAUUAUAAAAACCAAAAUCUCCGUUUAUCUACAUUUUAAUUAAGCCUUCAUUUUUUACGAAAAGAAAUCAUUUAUCAUUUUCUUAUGUCACGACAUAAAAUUGCAAGUUUUAAAAUCCCCACGUUUUCGCGGGCAUAGAGUCACCCAGUUUCAUCAUGGCGGACGAUGCCGAGAGUUCAUCAGAUGAAAGUAUCGACCUGACAGCUCAGAAUUUUAAUGCCCUUAAGGCUUUAUAUUCCCCAAAAACUGUUGUUCCAGUUCCAGGAGCUCCCACAUACGAUAAUCUAACAAAAUGGGAGUCCGUUUACAACGGAAUAUCCGCAAAGAAAAACGUGAAAAAAGAGGAUACCGUGGGUUUCCAGAGGUUUUCGCAGUAUCGAGGGCUGACCCAAGGAAACAGGGAGGCAAAACCGAUAGAGAGUUACAAAAAUGUCCUUGGAACAAUGCAAAAUGCAUGUGGACCCCUUCAAGUCCUCUAUCACUGUAUGCAAAAUAAGACGAGAGUUAAGGUAUACACAAGAGGUGCAAAAGGGAUAAGGGGACAUGUGGAGGCGUACGUGGCGGCCUUUGACAAGCACUGGAAUUUAGCAUUAGAGGAUUGUCUCGAGGUUUGGACGCGCAAGGUCAAGCGGAAAGCACCCGCACUGGGGAUGCCGAAGAAAUUGGUCAGCAUUGAUGAGGACAUACCGAAGGUCAUCGUGAAGGAAUCUAACGGAAAGACUGAGACCUUGGAAAGACACGUGCCGCAAAUGCUGCUAAGGGGCGAGCAAGUUGCUGUUGUUGUUAAAAUUGAAUGAGGGAAAAUUUGCAGAGGGAUUUUGGAGGGUGGAGUGCUGAUUGAGAAACUUAUGAAUGAGGUGAUUGAUUAGUUGAUUACCUUUGUGUAUCAAAUAAUGAACUAGGGUGAAGAGCAUCAGAACCACAGAAAAUAGACCUAUUUUUUAUGAAUCGUUACCACCGUGACAAGUGGAUUUAGGGAAAAAUGCGGUAAAUUAGUUUUUAUUAGAAAUUUCCCCCGUUGCAAAUACGAUUUCGUGACAGUUUAGAUUGAACCCACCACUUUGACAGAUCAUUGUGGUGUAUGGGUAAAGGUAAAGUUUGGGUUGAAAAGGGUUGAGAAAAUUGAACGAAAGAAAAGAUGAACUGCUCAGGGAUUAAUCAAGUGAUCUUAAUGACUCGGAACCCAUGUUGUUAGAAUGAUUAAAAAUAAGACCUGAUUUUCGAUACUUUUACAUUACCAACAUCAAAUUAUCGCAAUUUAUAGACUCGAUUUCGUAUUGGAAAUAUUUUUUAUAGUGUUUCUUUAAUUUGUCCUCAUAUAAUUGUAAAAACAACUUUCCACGCUUGUUAAACUGGUAACAAGUCCCUCGUGCCACUACGAUAAAUACUUUUCAUCGCGGAAGUUGUGAUAUUUAAAGAAUUAUACGUUAUACGUUUCCGUGAAAUUUUCCGUCACUUUAAUACAUCACCGAAUUAAAAUCAUGUGCUCAAUUUCUCUCGGAUUAUCAUGUGGAUUGCUACAUUAUAUUAAUCUGUAUCUGAUUUUCCAAUAAAUUAAAUAAUAAA